AUGACAAAAGAAGGAUGGAGAAAGGGACCUUGGACUACUGAAGAAGACAAAUUGCUUAUUGAAUAUGUAAAAUUGCAUGGUGAAGGCAGAUGGAGUUCUGUUGCCACUGUUGCAGGUUUGAAAAGAAAUGCAAAAAGUUGUAGAUUGAGAUGGGUGAAUUACUUAAGGCCAGACCUGAAAAAGGGACAAAUUACACCUAAUGAAGAAAAAAUAAUUCUAGAGCUACAUGCUAAAUGGGGGAACAGGUGGGCAACUAUAGCUAGAAACUUGGAAGGGAGAACUGACAAUGAGAUCAAGAACUAUUGGAGAACUCAUUUCAAGAAAAACUUGAGGCAAGCAAUUAAUUGCAAUGACAAAGCUAUUCACAUCUUGGAGGAUCAAAUGAAAUCAUUGGUUCAUACUUAUAAUUCUCAACAACUUGAGGGUGUUGAAAGUAGGCAAGAAAGUGACCAAAACAUGAAUGUCUCCAAGAGUGAAUUUCUACAAGCUUUGAAUGACUCUCAACUUGAAGAAAGCCUUGACAAAGUGGAAAUAGUGAGCCAAGAUUGGCUUAUGUCUCAAGCUCAACAACUUAGAGUCUAUGGGGAUCAUCGAGAAGACAUUUCGAGGAUGGUGGAAGAAUUUUUCAUUGCUUCUACUCAAAAUGAAAGUGAUCUUGAAUCUUAUCUUAAUCAGAGAUGGGAAAGCAUCAUUGUGGAUGACGACGACAAUGAAGAUAUUUUAGGAUGGUGGAGGGAGCGUGGCAAGUCAUUUUCAUUACUCUAA